AUGGUAACACAUGCAUGGAAGAGUGGAGAAGCAAAGUCUCUGUGUGAUAAGACGAAGAUCCUUCUGUGGCAUGUUAAAGGCAUCACGUCUCUUAAUUUACUGGUUUCCGUUGUUCUCAUUUGUUUUUCCAUCCUAUGCGAUAUGCGAAAGGAGUUCAUGGAAGUAACAAUGAGUCGUUAA